CUCCAGCUCUCAGCUCGGCUCGGCUCGGCUCGCCUUUGCCAUGCAGACCAUGCUGCUCAGCAUCCUGGGGCUGGCCCUGCUCGGGACACUGCACGCCCAGGACAGCAUUCCUGUCCAGGCUGACUUCCAGCAGGACAAGCUCACAGGGAGAUGGUACAGCAUCGGCCUGGCCUCCAACUCUAACUGGUUCAAGGAGAAGAGACACCUGAUGAAGAUGUGCACCACCAUCAUCUCCACCACAGCAGAGGGGAACCUGGAAGUUACCUCCACCUACCCCAAGGGUGACCAGUGUGUGACGAGGAACAGUCUUUACACCAAGACAGAGCAGCCGGGGCGGUUCAGCUACACCAGCCCACGUGAGUGCUCAGCUUCCAUGGGGCAGCCCCGGACAUGCUCCCAGCCCUGCUGUCCCUGCUUCUGCCUUGUGGCUGAUUUGGAGCUCAGGGCUGAGCUGUGCCCCAUGUUCCACGCAGGCUGGGGCAGCAAGCACAACAUCCAUGUGGUGGAGACCAACUACGAAGAGUACGCCUUGGUGGCCACCCAGAUCUCCAAGAGCACUGGUUCCUCCACCAUGGUGCUGCUCUACAGCCGGACAAAGGAGCUGAGUCCCGAACGCCUGGAGCUGUUCACCCAGUUCUCCAGGGAGCAGGGCCUGACAGACGAUGAGAUCCUCAUCCUGCCCCAGACGGACAAAUGCAUGGCAGAUGCUGCUUAGGAAGAGCCACCAGCUGCUGCCGGCUGAGUCCCAACACCACUGCAAGCUGGUGACCACCCUGCCCCAUCUGACCCCCAGUGGCCCCCCAGCACCACAGCAGCCUUCGCUCCCUGUCUUCACAAUCCACACCUCUAUCCCUGUCUCGAUUAAAGCCCAUAAAAAACCA